CGGCCGCCGCUGCCCAAUCAGUGCGGCGGGGCCGGCGCUGCGGCGCCAUUAAAGCGGCGGCGGCGGGCGCGGCCCCGGGACCGAGCGUGGGAGCCCCGCGCCCGCCCGCAGACACCGGCGCCCGGCACAGGAACCCCUUUGUCCGGUCUGCAGCCAUGGCCACCUCGGCGAGCUCCCACCUGAGCAAAGCUAUCAAGCACAUGUACAUGAAGCUGCCACAGGGUGAGAAGGUCCAAGCCAUGUACAUCUGGAUCGAUGGGACAGGGGAACACCUCCGCUGCAAAACCCGCACUCUGGACCACGAGCCCAAGAGCCUCGAAGAUCUCCCUGAGUGGAAUUUUGAUGGCUCCAGCACUUACCAGUCUGAAGGCUCCAACAGUGACAUGUACCUGCGGCCUGCUGCCAUGUUUCGAGACCCUUUCCGCAAGGAUCCCAAUAAGCUAGUUCUCUGCGAGGUCUUCAAAUACAACCGCCAGUCUGCAGAGUCAAAUCUCCGACACACCUGCAGGCGCAUUAUGGAUAUGGUAUCCAACCAGCACCCCUGGUUUGGAAUGGAGCAAGAGUACACUCUUCUGGGCACAGAUGGACAUCCAUUUGGCUGGCCUUCCAAUGGUUUCCCUGGGCCUCAAGGUCCAUACUACUGUGGCGUUGGGGCAGACAAAGCCUAUGGCAGAGACAUUGUGGAGGCCCACUACAGAGCGUGCCUUUAUGCUGGGGUGAAAAUUGGAGGAACCAAUGCAGAAGUGAUGCCAGCUCAGUGGGAGUUCCAGGUGGGACCAUGCGAAGGGAUUGAGAUGGGGGAUCACCUCUGGAUUGCACGCUUCAUCCUUCACCGGGUGUGUGAAGACUUUGGCGUCGUCGUGUCCUUCGAUCCCAAACCCAUUCCCGGGAACUGGAACGGUGCCGGCUGUCACACCAACUUCAGCACCAAGAGCAUGAGGGAGGACGGAGGUCUCAAGCACAUCGAAGAGGCCAUUGAGAAGCUGAGCAAGCGUCACCAGUACCACAUCCGUGCCUACGACCCCAAAGGAGGGCUGGACAACGCCAGGCGCCUGACGGGUUUCCACGAGACGUCCAACAUCAACGAGUUCUCCGCCGGCGUGGCCAACCGCGGCGCCAGCAUCCGCAUCCCCCGCAACGUGGGCCACGAGAAGAAGGGCUACUUCGAGGACCGCCGGCCCUCCGCCAACUGUGACCCCUACGCCGUGACGGAGGCGCUGGUCCGCACGUGUCUGCUGAACGAAACCGGGGAUGAGCCUUUUGAGUACAAGAACUAAGCAGACUGCCCCCCCCCCGCAGACGCCGCCCUCCCCCCCGCGCUCCCCGCACCCCUGAACUUCCCUUCUAGAUGUAAUCCUGAGGGUACAAGAUAACACGUUUUGUGUCUCAGUAACUCCUGUUGUCUUGAGGUGGGGGAGGAGGGCAGAUUUAGUUUUAUCAAUGUCUGUUUGUCGUUGACUCUUCGGAAGAUGAGAGGAGGAGGAUGAGGAGGAGAGGGCGUUAGAGAACUUUUAACCACUGUUUUUUUGUUUGUUUGGGUUGGGGUUUUUUUUUUGUCUAAUUCAUGUGUACAUCUGAUGGGACCCAGUGGCUUCCAGGGACAGACUGCACACACAAAAAGAAAGCCAGCAGGCGAGUGGAAAGCUUAACACUAGAGCUGGCUUCCCCAAGAGUGAAAUUUGGGGUGUUAAGCCCCACCGCUGACUCCUCUGCAGACUGAUGGUUCUCUAAAGUUGGUGCCCUUCUGUGGAGAAGGGAAGAUAGAGGCCCUGAUGGAGCUCUGUGUGCUCCUGCCUGUGUGUCUGGGAGAUCUUCACCCUCUGAGGUUUCUGGGAAUCUUCCGGCAUUUGAGCUCGGCGUAGGAGCGUUGAGGAGAUCUGGUUCUGUCGCUGGAAGUCACCUGGUCUCUGGCUCAUAACACAGAGUGAAGUAGUAUUUUUCUAUUUAAAUAUAAAAACGAGAAAAAAAAAUUCUAUAUGAAAGUGGUUUUUGUUUGUUUGUUUCAAAAAGAGACGAUGUUCCCACCGCUCACCCGGCUGGAGCAGGCACUGCUCCUGAGGAUGCUGCCAGGGGGCCUCGGGGUGGGGACUGAGGGUGAGCUUGGAGGGCUCGGUGGAGGAGACUUGGGUGAGAUUUGUUUCGGCGUGGAGUGGAGUUUGCAGGAGGCGGUUCCCAGCCCUGGGCAGCCUGCAGAAGCAUUUCUUGCUGUAACUUGAGCAGCCACCGCACGCUCACGAGCGUGCAGAUCAACAGGAGGGAGGUGUCCUGAACUAGAAGUUGACAGGUCAACUUCACUGU